CAGAAAGAACAGUCAAAAUGCAGGCAGGGCAUAGGACAAAGUACUAGGGACAAUGAAAUGGUUUGAUACAAAAAUGACAGUUUCUAAAAAUUUAAAAUUUGCCGCCGGUUUCGGCCUUCAUACGUCCCGUACAUCCUGAUGCUCGCAGGGACCGGAACACGGAAGCCGGAUGCCGGCAUCGGCCGGAGGAGAUGGUCGGGGUCGUGGCAGGGGACACAUCGCGGGAGCGAAGGACAAGGUAAAAGCUGCAGGGAAUCCCUGAGCAAUGCCGCAUGGUAAGCCCGAGUGUAGCUCAGGGUUACCACUUUUGGUACUGAAA